GUCCCUUCCCCGUAGUUUGGUUGUUAAUCUUUUUCCAAAGUUACAUACUCAACACCAAAUAACUAUUACCAAUACCAAGUUCCUUCUCCCUUUUAAUUCAAGAUUUUUCCUCCCUUUUUUUAUCUCCAAAGUCUUUCUUGGGUGCAUGCUAUUUCCAAAAUCCACCAAAAUACGUUUUCUUUAGUUUCUGCUAUGAGGAAACUCUGUCCCAAUCUUACUCGCGAGGAUGGGCUGGAAACGGUGCUUGAGGUUCCCAUCCCAGAAGAGAUUUUCACUAUCAAGAGCGGACCCAGCAGAGCUUGGCAUAACAUGAAGUCAUGGAUGAAGCCAAACGUUGAAUCUUCAAGAUCAUCUUCACUCUUCGGAGACAUCCAACUCUUGCUCGGUGUUGUGGGAGCCCCAUUGAUCCCUCUCCCCAUCACCUCUCACAACCAACCCAUCAACGUUAAAUCCCACAACAUUGAGGCUUCGAUGGCGAAAUAUAUAGUGAAACAGUACGUGGCGGCUGUGGGAGGGGAGAGUGGUUUGAAUAGGGUGGAAAGCAUGUAUGCAAUGGGGGAGGUGAGAGUAGGGACUUCAGAGUUUUCAGCAGGGGAAGAAUGUGUGAGUAGCAAGAAGAUGGUGAAGAAGGUGCAGAUGAAGGGUGAAGUGGGGGGGUUUGUUGUGUGGCAGAAGAAACCAGAACUGUGGAGCUUGGAGCUGGUUGUUUCUGGCUACAAAAUCAGUGCCGGGAGUGAUGGGAAAGUGGCAUGGAGGCAAACACCUUGGCACCAUUCUCAUGCUUCUCGUGGCCCACCAAGACCACUUAGGCGUUUACUUCAGGGUCUCGAUCCAAGGUCCACAGCCAAUUUGUUCGACAACUCCGUAUGCAUUGGGGAGAAGACGGUGAAUAACGAAGAAUGUUUCGUACUAAAACUCGAAGCUGAUUUCACUUCACUCCGAACAAGAAGUAGCAGCAACGUAGAGAUUAUUCGCCACACGGUGUGGGGCUAUUUCAGCCAGAGAACGGGUCUCUUGGUCCAGUUAGAAGACUCUCACUUGCUCAAACUCAAAUCCUCAACAAGUGACGCCAUAUUCUGGGAAACCAACAUGGAGUCUCUAAUACAGGACUACAAAACCGUGGAUGGCAUUAACAUAGCACACGCGGGGAAGACUUGGGUGACAUUGUCAAGGUUCGGUGAAGGCCCUGAGAGCCAUUCCAGGACCAGAAUAAACGAGGUUUGGAAAAUUGAAGAAGUGGAUUUCAACAUCAAAGGGUUGUCCAUGGAUUGCUUCCUACCCCCUAGUGAUUUGAAGAGAGAGGAAGAGAAGGGCUUAGCAGAGUGUGGGGUGGCUACAAACAAUGCAAAGUUGCCCCAUAAGAUUCAAUCUGCUUCUUUUAAGAUCAGUGUUUCCAAAGUAGCUGCGGUUAACGUGGAUGAUUCAAGUGUAAGUGAUCAAAGUGAUCAUGAUGAUGACGACGAAGAAGUGUGAAUCUGAGCCUUCCAUUUUGUAUGACCAUCCAUCCCAUGUUCCCAUUUCAGGGGCUUGUAGGGGAUAUAUGGUAUAUGUUAAGUGACUUAAUUCCUUCACUUCAAGGUGAUUUUCUUGCUACAAAUGUAGAACGUAAAAUUUAUAACGCUCAUUGGAAACUUGAUGUAAAUAAAAAAAAAAUAAAAAGUGUAAAUCCUAGGAUAAUCUAAGGGUAUGUUGUGAUCAAGUCAAACGUAACUUGAUCUAGAAUUUAGUUUGAUGCUCAAGUCGAAUUCAUUGGGUGUAAACGCGUUAAUUGAGAUUUAUCUUCAAGUAAAAAAGGACUUUUGAUGCUAUCUUACAUUAAUUGGAAGGGGAAAAAAUGAUGCAGAAGGUUUUCUUCUAAUACCAUGAUAACCUACCAGAUUUGAAUGUCUUAGUAGCCAAUCUUUUUCUCUCUGAUGUAAUUCCAAGUCUCCAUAUUUGUAGAUGAUCUACAUAGAUCCUAUUGGUAAUUUUAAAAACUUAUAUCGCCCAUAUACUGUUGCAGUUGCAGAACUCUUAACUAGAAUAUUAAGAAUGUUGUGUUGAUUAAUUGGUGACUAGUAUCUUGUAUAUUUGAGUAGCUGUCUCCCUUUGAGGAAAGACAAAUGACGGGCUUUUUUCUUCUGCAUCUGCCUAUAAUUUGUAUGUGAAAUAGGUAUCAUCCUAGAGUUCCCCUUCAUAACGCCAUUUGGCCUUGGAAGGGUGCAGACAGGAUUGAGAUCAUUCCCUGGAAGAUUGCUAAAAAUGGUUUGCUUACUAACAAAGCUUGCUUCUCUGGGAAGCUUGAUUGUUCGAGAUAUGUCUCAUGCACCAUGAAACUACACUUUAUGUGUUCUGCUAAUUCUGUGGUUGAGAGACUUGUGGUCAAAUGCA